AUGACGAAAGGCUUGGUCAAAGACCUUUUAGUGAAGGUCUUAAAGGAGGAGGGGAAGGUGAAGCAGUUUGAGAAAAGGAUUCCUCAGAAUGCGGCCAGGCAGCUGAAGACAAGGGCCAACAAUUGUGGGGAAAAGGAGCGAGACAAUAGACAAAAAGUUCCAUGUGACUCAUUUAACAUCGGCACCAAGUGGCCAAAAAUCAUCAGGGGGUCAGCAGAUGCACAGUUUGGGUACACAGUGCAACAGCAUGAAGCAAAUGGACAGAAAUGGCUUCUAGUUGGCGCGCCGUGGGCUGGUGUUGGAAAGAAAAAGACUGGGGAUGUGUACCGGUGCCCAGUGAAAAACCAGACAAGCUACGGAUGUGGGAAGCUUAACCUCGGAAGAGUAUCCCUCCCUUAUGUGUCGGAGUAUAAAGAUAAUAUGCGGCUUGGAAUGACUUUAACCAGUAAUGCCGAAGACCACUCCUUUGUGACCUGCGGUCCGCUCUGGUCCCACGAGUGCGGAAGCUCCUACUACAGCACCGGGAUCUGCUGCAAAAUCAGCUCCAACUUCAGAAGUGCACGGGCUUUUGCACCUGCCAUCCAGCGUUGUGAGACAUACAUGGACAUUGUGAUUGUUUUAGAUGGCUCCAACAGUAUUUAUCCCUGGUACGAAGUCCAGAACUUUCUUAUAAACAUUCUGAAGAAAUUUUACAUUGGACCUGGACAGAUUCGGCUGGGCAUUGUGCAGUAUGGAGAGACCGCCGUUCACGAGUUUGAGCUCAGGGACUACAAGUCUGUUACUGACGUUGUCAAGGCCGCUAGAAACAUUCAACAGCGAGGAGGGACGGAAACCAACACCGCGCAUGGCAUUGAGAUCGCACGCUCUGAGGCAUUCAGCAUUAGAAGAGGUGCAAGAAGAGAAGCCAAGAAGGUGAUGAUUGUCAUAACUGAUGGUGAAUCACACGACAGCCCACAUCUAAAACAAGUGAUUGAGGACAGCGAGCGAGACAACAUCACCAGAUACGCCAUUGCGGUGCUUGGAUAUUACAACAGGAGAGGAAUCAAUCCAAGUGACUUCCUAAAGGAGAUUAAAUCAAUUGCCAGCCACCCGGAUGAAAAGCAUUUCUUCAACGUCUCUGACGAGUCAGCCCUGAAGGAUAUUGUGGACGCACUCGGAGCACGAAUCUUCAGCUUGGAAGGAACCAGUAUUCAGAACGAAACAUCUUUUCAAUUGGAAAUGUCACAAGCGGGAUUCUCAACACAUUUUGUGGAGGAUGGGAUACUACUUGGCGCUGUGGGGGCCUAUGAUUGGACAGGUGCCAUCUUAAAACAAACCAGUCAUGGACGGGUGAUCCCUCCCAAGGACGCCUACAUGAAGGAAUUUCCAGAGGAACUGAAGAACCAUGGGGCCUAUCUUGGUUACACCAUUACCUCAGUGAUGCCGAAAUCAGGCAAAAGGUGGUACGUGUCAGGUGCUCCCAGAUUCAAUCACACCGGGAAAGUCAUUAUAUUCACAAUGAAGAACAAUGGAAGUGUCACAAUUCAACAGUCUCUGAAGGGGCAGCAGAUUGGAUCAUACUUUGGAAGUGAAAUAGCUCCAGUGGAUGUGGAUGCUGAUGGGGUGACAGAUGUUUUAUUGGUCGGUGCUCCCAUGUAUUUCACUGAUGGUAGAGAGAAGGGUAAAGUCUACAUCUACUCCCUCCACGAGAGGUUUUUCAUUUUCAGUAGUUUUCUGGAAAUUUCUGACAAAUCCCAGAACUCUCGCUUUGGUUCUGCAAUCGCUGCAGCUCGUGACCUCAACCAUGACUCGUUCAAUGAUGUCGUGGUUGGUGCACCAUUGGAGGAUGAUCAUCAUGGAGCAAUUUAUGUGUUUCACGGAUAUGAGAAAAACAUCCUCAAGGACUACAAACAGAGGAUUGGAGCCUCAGAGGUCAGUCGUGGACUGCUGUACUUUGGCCGCAGUCUUCAUGCACAGUUAGAUAUGAAUGACGAUGGGUUGGUGGAUCUGGCAGUGGGGGCACUCGGUAGUGCUGUUCAGUUAUGGUCGCGCAGCAUAAUCCAGGUGAAUGCCAGCAUGAGGUUCGAACCACCGAAAAUCAACAUUUUCAACAAGGAUUGCAAGAGGAAUGGCAAAGAGUGCAGCUGCAUGUCCGUGUCUAUCUGUUUCACAGUCACGGCCAAGACACCUGGACUUCAGAAUGCCAGUUUGACCAUAGAGUACAACAUUUCCAUUGAUGAACGCCGAUAUACACCCAGGGCGCUCUUUGAUGACAACUUUGAGAAGUACGUCCACAGCAACAUCAGCGUGGAGCCUGAGUUGGAGACUUGUGAUCAAUUCAAUUUCCACGUUCUAGAUACACUGGAUUACGUGAGACCCAUUGGGUUUUUAUUGGACUUUGGCCUCUUGGACCCAGAAUAUGGCCCCGUACUGGAUGAUGGGUGGCCAACCUCAACCAAAGCCACACUCAGCUUCUGGAGUGACUGUGGAGAAGAUGAAAACUGUGUGCCUGAUCUGGUGCUGCGAGCUCGCGCUGAUAUUCAUGGCUCUAGCCAAUUUCCAUUCACUGCUGAAAACACAAGAAGGAGAAUCACUGUGGAUGCCUGGCUGGAGAAUAAGAAGGAGAAUGCAUACAGCACCAUCCUCAAUGUCACCUUCUCCAGGAACCUGCAGUUUGCAACCCUUGUGCAGAAGGAUGAUACUGAGGUGAAAAUUGACUGCAACAAUUUGGCAAGAUGGCCCAAUAGCAAAGCAUGCACUGUUGCAUACCCAGUGUUCAGGUCUCAGUCCAAGGUGGCUUUUCGAAUGGAGUUUGAGUUCAGCCGCUUCAUCUUCCUGGACAAUGUGGAUAUAAGCCUGACUGUCAGCAGUGACAGUGAAGAAGCAGAAGAGACGCUUCAUGACAACACCUAUCAUCUGUAUGUUCCUGUGCAAUAUGAAGCAGAUCUCCUCCUCACAAGGGAUUCCAGUCCCGAACGUUACGACUUGAAAUCAGUCGAUGAGCUGGAGGCAAAUGGAGGUCUCGAUCCUUCAUUUAACUUCACAUUUAAGCUUCAGAAUCUGGGGCAAUUCACUGUUGGCCACUUGCUGGUCAAAGUGACCAUUCCGACACUGACCAAAGGCAACAACCUCCUCUUGGUCCUGACCAACAACUCCACCAGUCCGAAAGAUGGGAUCCAGUGCAGUGUGACCGGUCACUCAGAAAUGCAGCAGUGGCAGCCUCCCAUAGAAGCAGUUUUCGCAGAAGAUCUGAGACACUAUGAGAAGCUGGAUGCCAGCAACUCUAAGUUCACCCUCCUAAUGUGUGAUGUGAAGAAUUUUAAAACUAGUGAAGAAUAUACCAUUCACAUCUCUGGAAGACUCUUGACUGAUUCACUGAUGGCACUCAAGUUUAAGUCACUGCUCCUCAUAACCACAGCAACAAUUGACAUUCGGGAGCCCAAUGCCAUGUUUAUAAAGAAGGAAGCAAGGAGCCGGCAGAUUACACUUCAAAUGACCAAGCAGUACGAGUCAGAGGUGUCCAUCUGGAUUAUAAUCGGAAGUUUGUUAGGAGGGCUUCUUUUGCUUGCACUGCUAACUCUAGCUUUAUGGAAGCUUGGCUUUUUCCAAAGCGCUUACCGUAAAAGGAAGGAAUCCAUGGCAGCCAGGAACGGCUCGAUCGGACAGACAUCGACAAAAGCAUAGAAGAUUCAAAUCUCGGGAGCCGCUAAUGUCAAAUGUUAAACAAGGGAAGGUGCUAAUUCACACAGCAAUACUGGACUUAAGCAGGUGGGCACCAAUUGGCAACUACUGUACACCGACAUCGACCAGCCUCCAGGUUCACCUUCUUAUCCGGUCCAUUGCUUUUGCUGUUGACACCAGACAUUUUAAUUGAUUUUGUAAGGUGCAGCAAGAGGCUUUAAUCCGCAAAGCAUCCCUGCCCCCACCCCCCACCCCCCCCACACCCAUUGAAAAAAAAAUGUUUUAAACAGGGGCACAAUGUAGAUUAGAUUUCUCUGUUUGGAAACUUGAACUUGGGUUGACAGUGUGGCUGUGCUAAACACAAAAAAGGAAACCUUGCCAGAAUGCACAGUCACAGUGUAACUACACAGCAGCAGAUGAGCCAGUGCCCUUUUUACAGCUGUCAGGAAUGAAGCCUGCCCCCUUUAAGCGGUAAAUAGGGCCCAAAGCAGGCAGGUGAUUUACUUCAUAAAACACCAGAAACUUUGCAAAACCUUACUGCAUUGUUUAGGAAUUACUGGCUGUCCAUCAUCUUUGUUUAUGGGCACGAAGACAUGUUUUUAAGAAAAUGAGCAGCAAUUCUGAUGGGAUUUGUGGGUUGUAAAUGUUUUUUUUGUUAUAUUGUCCCCCUGCAAUCUCUCACCAUCGCACACCUUCUUUCAGGUGUGAGGAAGCUGGGGCCUAACAAGUCACAUGUUCCUCUUUAGCACACCACACACAUUAAACUUUGAGGGGAAAAGCCCAGUCUGGAUAUUUGUCCCCACAACCCCACUUGUCCCCCUACCUCAUACUAAGAAGGAAACUAGAUUUAUCCAUCUGCUAAAACUAACCAAAGGUGAUUAAUCAACCCCUAAUGUCCAGCUUAUUAAUAAAUGCUUCACCUUUGACCAGAAACUGAACUGAG